UGCCCUCUAAGCACAUUUCUCCAUUGAAGAACACUCUCAUAUCACUUCACAAACCAACAAAAGAAAAUAAAAGAAAAGGAAAGGAGUGUUCUUCUUCUUCCUCUUCUACUACUUCUGCUGUUGCUGCUGCUAAGGUUGUUAUUACUGCGAAAGAAAAUAAAAGAAAAAACAAGUGUUUUGUCUUUUUUUUUUUUUUUUUGAGAUGGGAGGGGUGACUUCAUCAAUGGCAGCAAAAUUAGCAUUUUUCCCACCAAACCCACCAUCAUACAAGCUAAUUACAGAUGAUGCCACUGGUCUCUUACUUCUUGAACACUUUUCUCACCGUGAAAAUGUUGAUGUUUUGCGUCUCCCAACUCGGCGAGGGACUGAGAUUGUUGCUGUUUACGUUAGAUAUCCAAUGGCAACUUCUACUUUGCUUUACUCUCAUGGAAAUGCAGCUGAUAUUGGUCAGAUGUAUGAGCUCUUCAUCGAAUUGAGUAUUCACUUGCGUGUUAAUCUCAUGGGGUAUGACUACUCUGGCUAUGGACAAUCAUCAGGAAAGCCCAGUGAACACAAUACAUAUGCAGAUAUUGAAGCUGCUUAUAAGUGUCUCGAGGAGAGCUAUGGUGCCAAGCAGGAAAAUAUCAUCCUUUAUGGCCAAUCUGUGGGAAGUGGCCCAACCGUGGAUCUUGCUGCACGUUUACCUCGACUAAGAGCUGUUGUACUGCAUAGUCCUAUACUAUCAGGGUUAAGAGUGAUGUAUCCUGUGAAACGCUCAUACUGGUUUGACAUCUACAAGAACAUAGACAAAAUUCCUCUGGUGAAGUGUCCCACGCUGGUAAUCCAUGGAACUGCUGAUGAAGUAGUUGACUGUUCUCAUGGCAAGCAACUUUGGGAGCUGUGCCAAGAGAAAUAUGAACCUCUGUGGCUCAAAGGGGGUAAUCACUGUAAUUUGGAGAUGUAUCCGGAGUAUCUGAGGCAUCUGAGGAAGUUUAUAUCAACAGUUGAGAAAUCAGCAUACCGAAGAAAUGCCGGGAGGAGAAGUGUAGAUGGGUUUGAACAGGCCAGACGAAGUAGUGAUUGUUUAGAGGGUCCAAGGAAGAGCACAGAUAGGAGGGAGAAACCAAGAAAGAGCACAGAUAGGCCAGAAAGACUGAGAUUUCACGAAUUCAAGUUCACGCACACGGACAAGGCAGAAAAGUUAAAGGUCUCGUUUGAGCACAAGGAGAGGUCACGGAGAAGCGUGGAAUACUGCGAUAAAUCGAGAAAAAGCAUGGAUUUACAGCUAGAAAAAGCACGGAAGAGUGUGGACUGGGUGGAUAGAAUUCGAUAACAAUACCAAAAUCAUCUGUAAAAGUUGUUGUUUAAAUGUGUUGUAGGAGGGGAGGAGAUAAGAAAGUAGAAAGGAAAGAGGAUAAAGAUGGGGAAAUUAUUUGUGUUUUUCUUUUUCUUUUAACUUCAUGGAUUUCAGUGUGUGCCUUCUUGUUACGGUUGCAUAAUGACUGUCAUGUAAUUGUAGAGUUUCUUUGUUA